UUUGCCUCUCCUGCAGCUCGUAUAAAAGCUGAGUGGGUCAGACUUGGUGUCUGCAGACCAUCAGCAUUAUGAAUCUGUGGCUCAGCUUCCAUUUCCUGUUUGCAGCGCUGGUUCUCAGCAGCUCGGCUUUGACACCUGAGGAAUGCAAACCGCUGGUGACACCGCUGUCUAUGGAGGACCCCUCUGUGGUAAGACUCCUCUGGUUGCUGCCUCGGUCUGUGGGGUGGCCUGUAGAGUUCACAGGUGAACGUGGUGCUGAAGUCAGACUAGUUCAGACUGAUUUACAGUCAGCAGGGGGCAGCAGGCAACAGACAGUAACUGAGGGCAGGAGAGUCUCUGAAGUGGGCGUGAGUUUAUUCUUUCUCUCUGAUGUUCUCAGGAACGGAACCUGCAUGAUUUCAACGACGAACGUAACCUUUGAAGGAAACACUGCCACGGUGGAAAUGGCCAACUCCACGUCUUCGUUCUACUUGCUGCCGAGCUGUGACGGCUGCCUCGUCUUCAUGAUAAACAGCACGGCUAGAAACACCAAACAUCUGCUUAAAUUACUGAAGAUCGAUUUAGAUGCCAGCGAUGAGAUCGCUGCUCAUUCCCUUUAUCUUCUGGGCAAAGGAUCGACCCUGAAGGAGCCAGAGCUGGAACACUUCAAGCAGCAGGCAACGUGCAUGGGCUUCUCCGGAGAGCCACAUUACAUCUACAACCCAGAGAAAAGUUUCUGUGCUGAAGGUGAAGGUAUCAAGGUUCCCCUUUAGAGAAACCACCUACCAUCAGAAACCAAGACUUCACCUGAGAAAGUAAAGAGGUCAAAAACAUAAAA